ACAUGAGAUAUACAGUUAAUUGGGUUGGAAGCAUUUUUAAUCAAUCCAGAAAGAAUGGCAGCCCUAAGUAUCUAUCAACACACUGCACUCGUUUCUGCAACUUCAAGAAAUGUAUGUAUUGACUCUGUCUCUCCCUCUUCUUUGAAACCAUCGUCAAGAUUCUAUCAAAACAAUCUAAAGAUUCAAUCUUUUCCUAGUUCACAACAUACCCUUUUCAGUAAUUAUGCUCCUCGUAGAGCUGUAGUUUCAGCAGUUGCAGCAAAUAGUGUGCAGGAGGUUCUUCCACCUGCUCUUGAUUCUACUUCAGAACCACCUGCAAUAUUUGAUGGAACCACAAGGCUAUACAUAUCUUACACUUGCCCGUAUGCACAACGCACAUGGAUUACGCGUAACUGUAAGGGAUUGCAAGACAAGAUCGAGUUGGUUCCUAUUGACCUACAAAACAGGCCAGUUUGGUAUAAGGAGAAAGUUUACCCCCCAAACAAGGUUCCUGCUUUGGAACACAACAAUGAGGUCAAGGGAGAAAGUCUUAAUUUGAUAAGAUAUAUUGAUAACAACUUUGAAGGGCCUCCACUUUUCCCAGACGAUCCUGUUAAGAAGGAGUUUGCAGAAGAACUACUAAACUACAUUGACUCUUUCCGUAAAGCUGUAAUAACAUUUUUUAAGGCGGAUGAAAUGAGUGAAGCCGCUGCUGCCUUCGAUUACAUUGAAACUUCUCUCGCUACAUAUGAUGAUGGGCCAUUUUUCCUUGGCCAGUUCAGUCUGGUGGACAUAGCUUAUGCUCCAUUUAUUGAAAGAUUCCAGCCCUUCCUGCUGGAGUUUAGGCAGUAUGAUAUUACCAAACAAAGAUCGAAACUGGCAGCAUGGAUUGAGGAACUAAACAAAAUUGAAGGAUACACACAAACCAGACGUGAUCCAAAGGAACAUGUUGAAAGCUACAAAAAGCGUUUCUCGGUUCAGAUUUGAACUUUUGGCGCUUCUUCUCGACUCUGGACAUAAUCAGAAUAAGAACCUAGAGUGGUGUUUGCAGUUUUCCUAGUGGAAUGAAUUGCAAGAGAACUCAAAAAUGUAAUUAUACUGCAAAGUAAAUAUAAUUUCCUAAUGUCUAAAUUUACUAAUCGGUUAUUCCCUCACACUCAACACUGGCGACGCUUAUUUUAGUAAUGCAACAAAAAUACUGUAAAUAUAUUCUGUCAGGCA